CAUAGGGAAAGUGAAAUUUAUUUUAUUUUUGGUGCGUUUUACUGAAUACAGCAUCCAAAUCUCUGGUGAAAAGUGCCAAAAUUAGUUACAAAUGGAAUCGCCUGUGUUCCAUCCAUGCGAUGAAGCGGUCAUCUCGACCAAUGACGAUGCGAGCAACUGUAAGCGUUCGGCCGUCAAGCUGGGCUACUGGAAGGAUGACUUUCUAGGCUACUUUGUACGCAGCCCGGAGCGAAAACCACCGGAGAUAAACCGAGGUUAUUUUGCUCGGGUCAAGGGUAUUGAGCUGUGCAUCGAAAAGUUUUUCAAGAAAACUGGAGAUAAAUGUCAAAUUAUCAAUCUAGGAUGUGGAUUCGAUACGUUGUACUGGAGGUUACGAGAAUCAGGGCACAUGAUAACUAAUUUUGUUGAACUGGAUUUCCCGACAGUCACAUCCCGCAAAUGUUACCAAAUUAAAAGGAAUAAGAUCCUGCUGGAAAAAAUACAUGUUGAAGAUGGAGAAGUUCGCCUCAGUCCGACGGAUCUGCAUUCCAGCAACUAUCACAUUGUUGGUGUCGAUUUAAGGAACAUCGACGAAGUGGCAUUGAAACUGCAGCAGUCCGAGGUCGAUUUUAGUAUUCCAACAAUCUUUCUAGCAGAGUGUGUUCUGGUCUAUAUUGAACCGCAGAAUAGUAGCAAUCUGCUCAAGUGGUUUGCCUCGAACUUCCAGUCAGCCGUGUUCGUCAACUAUGAGCAGGUCAACAUGAAUGACCGCUUCGGUGAGGUUAUGCUCAACAACCUAAGACAGCGAGGAUGUAGCUUGGCAGGGGUCGAGUCGUGUGUUUCGUUGGACACGCAAAUUUCCAGGUUCCUGAGUUGCAACUGGCACGGUGCCCGUGCGUGGGAUAUGGUUCAAAUCUAUAACAGCAUCCCACCAGCCGAACGAGCCCGCAUCGAACGCAUCGAAAUGUUGGACGAAGCAGAACUGUUGAUGCAGUUAUUUCAACAUUACUGUAUCUCAAUCAGCUGGAUUGGGGACUUAUUUCAAGAUAUCGAAAUAACUGUUGAGAAACGUUUGUCGUCGCUAAAUAUUGAUUAAUUGAAUUGUGCAAGGAAUCAACUUUGCUUUCGAUAUGGACUGAACGGUGAACAGAAAUUACAUAUACAUUACUUCUAUUCUGUAUUUCGAUUUAAGAUGUUUCUGAUCAAAUUAACGUGUUUCGAUCGAUUUUGCGAAUUUUAACAGUUUUUUCGAUCGAAAUAAGUUAGAAAAGCAGUGACCCAUAUUUUAAGGUAACGCUGUGCUCAAAAAAACUAAAAUAUUCGAAUAUAAUUUGGGAGUGAAUAAAGCUGCUCCAUCGAAUUUAGAAUAGCCAUUGUGAUCAGAAAGGGAUCUGAUUGAAAUGCAGAAUGAAGGUAACUAUUAACAAAGUUUAAUCAUAUGUUUGUUUAAAUAAUCCAGAACCGGUGAUUAAUUUAGGAUUUAAAGUCACUUUUAUUGCAUGCUCAGCGUGAUAAGUCUGGUAAAUCCGGCUAAUAGUCAAAAUUCGAUUCUUCUGUACUAUUAUUAAAUCAAGUGUCGCUUUCGGUGGACUUCUUUAAAGUUUUAUAUUUGUUUUCACUCAGAAAGUUGUGUUUUUAAAUCGAAAAAUCAAAGUCAAAAACAAGCUAUUCAGCGCAUGCUAUAAAAUAUUAAACAUAGACAUAACACAGUAGAAAAACGAAAAGAUAGUGAAUGGUUUUGAAAGUAAAAGUAAAAUGUGAUUAAAUAUACAACCAUUAUUAUAUUUAACCGAUAGCUCUCGACCUCAGCACAUUUCUGGACUGUCAUAUUGUAGAUAGUGUUUAACAAAUUGUAUAAUUAGUGCAUUGUAUGCGUAGACUACAAUUUCGAAAACCAUUCUGGGUUUCAGUUAUCAACUUCAACAAUAAUCAUCGAUAUGAAAUGCGUUCAAUAGUUCAUCCCAAUCGAAACAGUAGCUUAGAUAACCUGGAGUUUGCAGUUGAACGACUUCCGAUUUUUUUAAAUAUGAAUAGUUUUUUUAUAGUCUUUGUUUUGUUUGAUUUGUUCAACGAUAAAACUUACGUGUGCAUUCUACGUGGCUGCAGAUUUUAAAUGUCGUGUUUCCUUACGUACUCGUUCGAUUGGAUUUAUAGCCAGUACUCGGAAUAUUUCAUGUGCACCAUAUAGAUUCAACGCCAUUUGGCAAAUGCACUCGAACCGUAAUCCAUUUUGCUGUGUACCGUUCUACCAAAAACCAUAGUCUUGUUGCUAAUCAUAAGUGGAAAAUAAA